AUGGUGGCCUACCGAGGACUGUUUCAUUUUGGAUGUGGAUUUUUUUACAUUUACGGAACCUAUUAUGAUCUGCAAAUUGUGACAGCACAUUCGCAGAGUUAUGGAGGCCGAUUCAAAUACCUUACAUUUCUGAAUUUGGUAAGAAUCGAACGUGGGAAUGCUCACCUGCUCUGCAAAGUGACUUACAUGUAUUAAGUCAAUUUCAAAUACUCAGGCCAUACGUCUUGUUGAUACUUAACACUAAAAGCGUAUUUCCAAGUUAUGUCGAUUUCGGUUUGCUGUUUAACAUUACUGUUGCAUUUUUAAGGCUCUACUAUAAGCUUGUAUACAAUAAGCUUAAAUUUAUUGUAACUAAGCCGGAUUGUAAAAGUUGUAAAAGUUGCAUUCAAAUAAUCCCUGUAUUGAAUUGUGUUUAACUAAAAUAUACUGUGACUAAAUGUUCAUAUGCUCAAGCACACCUCGGAGUGAUGUUCUGGUUUGCAUACACAGGUACAUGCAAAAGAAUUUACAAUUAUGUAUUAUUUAUUAUUUCUCCCCCCUCCCCCCCCGCCUCAUUAUUCACCUCUCUCCCUCACUUCCCCCAGGCUCUCUCCAGCUACAUCCACCACUGUAUGACACUGGGGUGGGGGGUCGGCUUCAAUAUUUUGUACUAUAACCUUUCUGGUUUGUCUAAUUAAUGAUGUGGCUGGACACUGCUCUCACGAAGAAAAAUUAUUUGCGGGCCUGUAAUGCUUAUAUUAUGGAAUUAUAUAUUUUAAUGGUGAUAUUAACCAACCUAUGCCAUUAACCAACCUAUGUUGGAGGCUCCCUCAUGGGUGAGACAUUUUUUACUAUUACUGUGACUGUAUGAUGCAGUUAUGCCAUAAUGUGUUGCUUGUGAUGGACUGCGUGACUGCGUGAUGCAGUUCGCAAGUCCAACCCACAAAAAUGGCCCUUGCUGGUCAACGAGUUCUCAGUAGCUCAGAGGUUAGAGCAUCCGAUUUAGAGCAUGGGGGGUCGUGGGUUUGAAUCCCAUCUGGGGCUCAGAUUUUUUCUGUGUCCUCUUAUGGUUGAUUCUUUACAUCUCCCUUUAUUUCCUUUUUAAUGGUGAUAUUACUCUUAUUAUUUUGUGUGUUUUCCUUUAGCUUCUUCAGUUGAUCUUCUUUAUAAUAGCACCCCUGGCAGAUGUGUUAACCUUUAUAAGAGGGAGAGAAGACAAUUGGCUUGUUAGAGCACGUGACCUUGUGUUUGCAUCAUUAGCAUUUCCUAUUAGUGUGGUAAGUGCAUGGGCUGAAAGGGGUUUGCCGUUAUCAGUCAUCAUCUUCUAUAUCAUCAUCAUCAUCAUCAUCAUCAUCAUCAGUUUUUUUUAUAAAGCGGAUAAAUUUGAUAAUAUACGGCACUCCUUGAAGGGUGGUGUUGGCACAAGGUUUGGAACACACUGUCCCCCUGGGGUCUUCAUGCCAUACCAAAAAGGAGUUAAGGAACAGAGCCCAUGAUUUUUUAUCCUAAAUGGAGACGACCAAAAUUUGUAACCAGCUGUAGAUAUCAGCACAUUCUCAUCAUUAAUUUCAAGACCCUGAGUGUUGAUCUGGUCAGGCUGGGGUUUGAACCUGGACCUCCUGCAAUUUUAGUCGACCCACAGUGCUUAGCUAGUUGAGAUAACCCUUUUUCCAUUCAUUCUAUUGUAGUCAUGUUUGGUGUAUGCUUCAAAGUUUUGUAUCGUGUUGUCUUGUUUCUAUCUGGCAAAGCAAAGAAAUGAAAAAAAAUAAUUAUAUUGAACAUUGUUAUUAUAUUUUAAUUUUAAUGCUAUGGCACCUGCCUGGGCUCAUGCAGAAAUAGUGCUGUCCAGUGGUCUGGGAACAAUUUAUUUUCCUGCUGUGCAAGUCGAUUUCAUGCCCAUUUAAUUGCUGAUGGGUUAGGGCCAGGCAAGUCACCUUCUAACUAAAAAUAAUUCUUUAGACAAGGAUCCAAUUGUGUACAAGCAAAAUGUAAGAUCAAACAACUUUUUGUGAAGUAAACAAGCUCAAAUUCAAGUUUUUUCAAGCCCUUAGCAGAAAUAAGACAAUUAGUAUGUCUCAUUUCUGACACCAAAGUCUUGAUUCUAAUUAAUUUCCACUUGAAGACCAUGCAUAUCAUUUACUCAUUUUUUAACUACAUUUCAGUUUGUAGCCACAACAUUUUGGGGAAUUUACAUGAUAGACAGGGAACUGAUUUUUCCUAAAGCACUUGACAAGAUUAUUCCUUCUUGGAUAAAUCAUGUUUUGGUAAGCUAAAUGGCUGACUAGCUCAAGCCAGUUUUCCAUACUAUUUGUUGGCCAUUUGUUAGAAGCUUUCAUUUUGAUAAAUAGUUUCAAUAGUUACAAUUCAAAGUCCACAAAUGAUCACAUGCCCACUUUAUGAUUUGAAGGUGCAUCUAGAACAUUUAAAGGUCAGUGUAAGUUGAACCCUAGCAUUAAUUUUUAAUUUUUAGUAAAAUGAUGAGAAGCAAACCUAGUAGUGCCCUAUAAAAGGUUUCAUUUGAAUGGUCAAACCACAAGAUUUAAUUGUUCGCAGACUAAAAAAUAAAAUCUACUUGAUGGAAACUCACUUGAUAGAGCAUCAUUUAAAAGUCAAGUGUAUUGCUAUUAAUACAGAAAUUAUUCAUUUGAAUGAGUGAAAUCAAAGCAUAUUGUAAUUAUAUCUCAUCCAUAGACUUGAUCAAUAGUUAAAACUUUAUACUGAUAUCAUUGAUUAAUUAAUUAAUGCCUAAAUGUCUCAUGCUGGUAUAAUUUAUUAUAUUAAUCAAAAUUAAUUUUUAUUCAUAUUCUUACUCUUUGUACUUGGUUUUCAGCAUACCUGGUGUGCAGUCCUUAUAAUCAUAGAGGGUGCCUUUAUUAAGCACAAAUAUCCAAAGAAUCGUGUUGGCUUGGGUCUAUUGACCUUCGCUUCUGUAGCUUAUCUUCUGUGGUUAGUAUGUCAGCAUUCAUCUAAGAAAGAUUUCUUGCGAUCAAGUUUACCAGAGUUACAAAUAACAGCCAGUCAUCAGACUAUGUCCAAUUAAACUUUGCCCAUGUACCUGCAGGCAGAUAGGAUAACCAAACGAAACAUUAAGGUUAUCAUUUUGUAGCUGAAGAUUUGCAUAGUGCAGUAUUAAUAGCUUGUCCUUUUUCAAGUGCAUAAAUCUCUUCUCUAAAAUAAUGGCUUUGAGAAAUUCAAGUAGUAGCCUGAGUAUCAGGCCUUCCUAAGGGGCUAGUAGUGGUCAGAAGAGACACUGCAGGUUCUUAGGAGGAGUAAAAUUUUCAGAUGGGUGGGGGUGGAUAAUUUUUCAGAAAUAAUGCUAGUCAGCUUUUUUUUGUUUUGUUUUGUUCUGUUUUUUGUUUUGGUUUAUAAUACUGAAGAUAUUGCAUUUUUGUGAAACUGAUCCCCUGACAAAUUUAAUCUUUUGUUCACAAUUUUGAAACAAGGGUCUAGCUUUAAGAGAGUUUUCUGCAUAUGCUUUGCCAAUUUUUCAUCAAAAUGAUGCCUGACAUAACAAUUUACACUUGACCCUGUGCACCGAAAGUAGCGAACCUUAUUUUCCUUUUAGAGGCAUAGAGUAGUGAUAGCUUGGGCAUGGUUUCUUUUGCCAACAAAUAAUUAUAAGGUAUGUCUAAAUCCGACACCCUUUUUUAAACAGGCACGUUCAUUACUAAUCCGUGGAUUGAUCUUUUCUUUUUUCAGGAUUACCUGGAUUGCCUAUGUUGCAGAGUUUUGGGUAUACCCAUUCCUGCGUGCAAUGCCCAAUAAUGGGAGAGUAGUCUUCUUUACUUUGUCCUUCUGUGUCAUUGUGUUCUUUUAUUUUCUGGGCAAGUGGAAGACCAUGUUUAUCUGGGGAGGUAGGUUGAAAAGACACACUAAAUAAAUAGUACCAUGUGAAAUUACUGCUGAGGAGAUUUCAUUUGAAUCUUCUCAGAGACAUCUACAGAGACAAUUAAAAAUUAAUUUAAAUAGUUAACCAAGUGAAAGUACGAGGAUAUCUAUGAAACCUCUUCAGCAGAUGAAUAGUCACACCAUAGAAUUUCAUCCACAGCCUCAAAAGUUAGCAGUACAUUUUAAAUAUAUAGUACCAUGUGAAAGUAGUGCAGAAGAGGACUCAAAAGACUCAAAAGUUAGAACUACAUACUUAAUGAAUAGUGCAAUGUGAAAGUACUGCUUAAGAGGUUUCAUUUGAAUGGUAACACUAUAGGAUUUUAUUCACGGACUCAAAAGUUAGAACUACAUACUUAAUGAAUAGUGCAAUGUGAAAGUACUGCUUAAGAGGUUUCAUUUGAAUGGUAACACUAUAGGAUUUCAUUCACGGACUCAAAAGUUAGACGUUCAUUCCAAGACUUGGUAAUUGACUGUCGACUCAAGAAUUAAAAAGGAUUAACACGUAUUUUGUUUUGAUUCCAGGAGAUAAUGACGCAAAUUCCACCACAAAUAAUGGAAAACGUAAAGAUGGGGUCAAAAAGAAAGUCAAAAAAGCAGACUAGCAUUAAUUGUAAACACUUUGAUAAGCUCUAUGGUUU